AGGGAAGUAUGGCAGCCAGGGGUGUGGCGGGUCCUGGGACAAGGCGGGGCUUACAGUACAGCGUCGCUUGGGGCGGGGCCCUGGUGGGGGUGUGUGGCCUUGGCAGGGGUGUGGCGUGGCGUGGCAGGACUAGAUCAGGCUGUGCUGGGCUGGCCAGGGCGUUCCCGUUGCCAGAAGCUGCGGAGAGCCUCGGCGUGUGCAUCGGUCUUGCUCUCAUCCGCACUCUGCGCUCUACGGUUCGCCCCGGAGUACACCUGACUAACGGCGACAUGGCCCAGGUUCUUAGAGGCACCGUGACUGCCUUCCCUGAAUUUGAUGGCAGGGCUGAUGCAGAAGUUCUUCGGAAGGCCAUGAAAGGCUUGGGCACCGAUGAAGAGAGCAUCCUGACCCUGUUGACAUCGCGAAGCAAUGACCAGCGCCAGGAAAUUGCUGAUGAGUUUAAGACUCUCUUUGGCAGGAACCUUGUGGAUGACCUGAAGUCUGAGCUGACUGGGAAGUUUGAGAAGUUAAUCGUGGCCUUGAUGAAGCCCUCCCGUGCCUAUGACGCCUAUGAGCUGAAGCACGCUCUCAAGGGAGCUGGGACAAAUGAGAAAGUAUUGACUGAAAUUAUUGCUUCAAGGACACCUGAAGAAAUCGAGGGAAUAAAACAAGUUUAUGAAGAAGAAUAUGGUUCCAGCCUGGAGGAUGACGUGGUGGGGGAUACCUCAGGGUACUACCAGAGGAUGCUGGUGGUCCUCCUUCAGGCCAAUAGAGACACGGAUACGGCAAUUGACGAUGCUCGAGUUGAACAGGAUGCUCAGGUUCUGUUCCAGGCUGGGGAGCUGAAGUGGGGGACGGAUGAAGAGAAGUUUAUAACCAUCCUUGGGACACGCAGUGUGUCUCACUUGAGAAGAGUGUUUGACAAGUACAUGACAAUAUCAGGAUUUCAGAUCGAGGAAACCAUUGACCGAGAGACGUCAGGGAACUUGGAGCAGCUGCUCCUGGCUGUUGUGAAGUCUAUUCGGAGCAUACCUGCCUACCUCGCAGAGACCCUGUACUAUGCUAUGAAGGGUGCUGGGACAGACGAUCACACCCUCAUCAGAGUGGUGGUGUCGAGGAGCGAGAUUGACCUGUUUAACAUCCGGAAGGAGUUUAGGAAGAACUUCGCCACCUCUCUGUAUUCCAUGAUCAAGGGAGACACAUCUGGGGACUAUAAGAGAGCCUUGCUGCUGCUCUGUGGAGGAGAAGAUGACUGAGGAGCUCCCUGGAGGGCCUGUGCCUGCUGCCCUCCAUCCGCUUCCUCCGGCACAUGCACCCGUGCUCA